UAAGGCUGUCACUGAACGUGCAACGUCAUUCUUACGAAGAUCACCAACCAUGCCGCACGAGUGUGACGUCUGUGGCAGAGAGUUCAGUCGAAAAGCAAACCUCGCACGUCAUCGCGAUACGAUACACGGAGACGUGGCAGAAAUGUCUUCGGGAGAAGAGAGCAUGGACACCGAGCCGGGUUCUUACCGAUCCGCUGACAUAUUUGACGACACCGACGACCUGUCGGAGGAGGCAACGACAGAGCAUGACACGGAGUCACUUGAAUCUUACGAGGAAUGUGAAGUUUCAGAAGAAGAUGAGUCUGUGGUGGACUCUCAGGAGGUAGAGUCAGCGACAGAAACUGACAGCGAUCAAAGUGGUUCCGAGAGUGAUGCAAGCUCGAUGGUGUCUUCCAGCCCGGCUCCUUCUGAUGAAAGUGAAGAGUACGGCUACGACAGUGGUGACGAGGAAGAGUGGACCCUCUAUCGCGACUGGACCAUUCCACUAACUCACGAUCCAGGCGAUGUCCCUCAACGCGUGAUCAAGGAGACAAAACGCGCUGGCAAAAAGUUUAUUCUUGUAGAAUUUGCUGCCUUGCCUCCACUUUACAGUUAUGAGAUAAUUCACAGCAAGAACUGGGUCUCAGAGCAGACAUUGAUGAAAAAAUACGGCUUUCUUGUUCUGAAGUAAUACAACAUUGUCCUUCCAUCGAUAGUAACAUUUUCCUAAUAGCUAAUGCACUGUUGAUACACAUGUACCAUCUCGUCAAUAGAUAGAUAUUGAAAAGAGUGAUUCACGACAUUAAUAUGUACGUAAUGAGUGACUCACGACAUUAAUAUGUACGUAAUGAGUGAUUCACGACAUUAAUAUGUACGUAAUGAGUGACUCACUACAUAUGUAAUAUGUACGUAAUGAGUGACUCACUACAUUAAUAUGUACGUAAUGAGUGACUCACUACAUUAAUAUGAACGCAAUGAGUGACUAAUGAUAAUAUGUACACAAUGAAUGACUCACGAUAUCGUUAUGCACGUAAUGAGUGACUCAUCGUGUUAUUAUGACAAAGCUUUAUAGUCAUGAAGCGAAUAAACACAAUAUUACGUCACAGGAAUAAUGUUUGUUGUUUUUGAUCAGUAUGUGUGGUUGUGUGGACUGUCAGACGUAGGAAAGAUAGUAUAAAUAUGGGUGUCGCACGACUUAAGAGUCAUUCGCGAAGAUGAAUAUUCAGUUAAAGUUGCCAUGUCGCCUCGUCUGUAGCGGAUGCUCUGGGUCAGGGAAGUCGUACUUCGUACAGAAACUGUUAACGUCGGGAGCUGAAUGGUUGGAUCCGGGACCGUUCGAACACGUGGUGUGGUGUUAUUCAGAAUACCAGGAAAAUCUUCACAGCGAACUCAGCUCUAAAUUGGGGCCAAAGCUUCAGUUUCAAGAAGGUCUUCCUGAAAACUGGAAUGACGUUACGAAGCCGGGAUGUCGUAACGCUAUUGUAAUUGAUGAUCAAAUGGAAGACGUAGUGAAGGGAGACAAGGUCACAAAAUUAUUCACUCGGGCCAGCCGUCACAGAGGCAUAUCGGUUUUCUUGUUAGUGCAAAACCUCUUCUACCAGGGGCUCAGAACGAUCAGUCUUAACUCUAGUUAUAUCGUCCUGUUUAAAUCUCCCAGAGAUCAGAGUAUGGUUACUACACUGGCCAAGCAGAUGUUCCCCGGACAUAGCAAAUUCCUGCAAGAAUGUUACGAGGACGCCGUCAAUAAGAAGACUCACGGUCAUUUGUUCCUUGACCUGCAUCCGGAAUCACCUAAUGAGUUGCGCGUGAGAAGUGGUAUGCUCACCCCUCAACCCUACGUGUACCUGAGGAAAUAAUAAAACGCCGUGUCGAGCACUCUCAGCUGUCACAACGAGUCGAGAUGUCACAUAGACUACAUCGUCACGCAGACUGUCUUCGCGUCUUGAGCAAAGCCAACCCCAAAUUGCGGAAAGCUAUUCUGUCGACAGCCCCAAACGAUCUUCUAAAGUCGAUUUGCGACUGUUCACACAACGUCCUGAAAGGAAACAUCCGUCUCACACCAGGACAAAAGAAAGGCCUGUCCCGACACAAGAGCACUCUACGCCAGCUUGGCGACAAGAAAAUUCCACUGUCCAAGAAAAGACAGACGUUGGUUCAAAAGGGCGGGUUCCUGUCCCUGCUGCUCAGUCCGAUCAUUUCGGCCAUCACGUCUCUGUUUGGUGGGAAGAAAUAACGGACAACUGCGUCAUGGAGUACGGCAGAAAGAUGGCCCUUGUUCCUCAAGAAUUGCUUUCCACGAUCCAGGCCAAACAACAGGAAGAGAUGACCCCACUGGUGAAAUCGGCUUUAAGUGUGGACGGUCAAAUGCAAGACGUGAUGUCGCGCCAAGAUUUAGGCGAUGACGAGAAAGCAACACUGUACCAACAGCUCCUCCAGCGGUAUCUCACGUACAGAGACAAACGACGAGCCGAGCCAGUCAGUGUCAGGUUGGUAACUUCGAACUCCACCCCUGCUGCCACCGUCACCGCUACGAACAAUGUCGCUAAAGAUGAAGGGUCCACCACCACCUCUCCCAGCACCGCCUCGGCUACCGGUAAAGAAGACAAGGCCAUAUUGGCGGCUUUCCCCAAAACCAUGAAAGCGCGCGCCCAACAGUUGCUCAACGUCAUCAAACACAAGGGAGGGGACAUUCUCGAUUACAACCAACACGGAGAGCUUCUCUACGAUAAACAAGUAGUUCCCGGAUCCCAGAUCUCGGAUCUCUUAAGAGAUGUGAUUCAACGGAGACAGAAUUUCAACCCCAUUGGAUGGCGAGCCUUCAGCAGAGGGCUGGCACGCAUAAACACGCCAGAGGCCGCCAUAAGACACCCAACCCGACUGGCUGUGAUUAAGAAACACAAGGCGCGUGCUGCUCU